AGCGUCACCUGGAUUCGUUUCGUCUCGCCCUCACUGCAUCCAACCAACUUGCAGCAUUCUGUGACCUCCUGACUGUGUGUGAUCUAUUGCAUUUCUACCACAGUUGCACUUUUGCUAUCGCUUUGUAUAGAGGCUCUAUAUCGAGAGGCCUCAAUUCCAUCAUCCUAAUCUGGUAUUUGCGACCACAUUAACACCACGACAAAUGCUUUUCCACUUUAACCUGCCGCAAAAAUACGUCCACAUCCAAGAUGGCGGCUCUCGUGGCCGCGUCGCAAGCCGCAGAUGUCAGCGAGAACGCGUUUCGUCGACGAAGGACCCCGAAAUGGUCAAGGAUUGGAAUGGCUGAGCUACCUCGGUCGCACUGCUGCGAAAUGCGGGCAGUAAUGCCUCUUUAUCCAAUCGUAGCCGAUCGGCGCUACAGCCUGCACACCGCCAUCCUCGACAACAACAAGCCGUCUCAACGAAGUGUGACCUCGAACCAUGAGGUCUCCCAGAAAGUGACUGCGCUGGUCGCAGCCUUAAUACAGGAGUUAACAGACUCUCCUCGAGCCUAUGGGACAAAGCCACCGCCCUCUGCAGCCAAACCAUUACCUCCUUCACUGGUACCCGAACCACGUGCCCGAGCGAAAGAUCUUAACCCUUCCUUGGACUUGGGUACACCCUUGUGCCGGGACCCCAUAUCACGAGAUUCAGGGAUGGAUUUCAGUAUAGACUUCGGGACUCCGAGCGGUGUACAGACACGAGGCAAGAAGGCCGCGAAGAAAGCCGCGAAAGCAGCUGCACAGGCCAAAUGGUUUGAAUCGGACAACGAAGGCGAGGGAAACGCCGCUGGAAACGGUGGGGAUGGUGCCGGCGGCGAUGGUGGCAAUGGAGGGAGUGCUGGGGGUGAUGGUGGCGGGGACGAUAAUAACGGUGGCGGCGGGGAUGACGACUGGGAUCUUGGUGGCAGCAAAAAGAACAAGAAGAAGAACAAGAAGAAGCAAGAAGAGGAAGAGAAGAAAAGGCAAGAGGAGGAGGAGCAGAAACAAAAGGAAGAAGCAGAGGCUGCCAACACUGCUGACCCGCUGAGUUGGGCAGACGAGACAAACAAUGCUGCCGCUGACGAUGACUGGACUACAGGUUUUACAACCAAGAAAGAUAAAAAGAAGAAGAACAAGAAGGGUGCCGAGGAUCCUCCGGCCAGUUCUGCAUUUCAAGACAUUAGCCUGGAUGAUACCGCUCCUAAGUUGGAGUUCAGCUUCGGCUCUGAGGAAAAGAAGGACAGCGGUGGCUUUGGGGCGUGGGGAAAGACUUGGGACUUCGGGUCACUCGACAACGAUACCAAAAAGGCCGACGAGAAGUCAUCCAAGAAGGAAGCAGAGAAGAAGGACGCUUCUACCGAUUUUAGUGACAACAAUCCCUGGUCAUCUGGCGGGAACAAGUCCAAGAAGAAAACCUCCACAUUCAGUAACUUUGACUUUGGCGACCUAGACGGUGACAACAAUACAUUCAGCUUUGAUGGUGACGGAGGAGGCUCCAAGGCCACCGAUGAUGCUUGGGGGUUUGCGCCUGUGGGCAAAAAGGACAAGAAGAAAAAGGGUGCUGUGGAAGAGAAAAAAGAGGAACCGCUUGCCCCAGCCGAACCAGAGCCUAAAGAGGAGGACACAUGGGGCGGCUGGGGCACUUCUACGAAGAAGAAAGACAAAAAGAAGAAAGGAUGGCUGGAUGACGACCCUAUUGAGGAGCCAAAGCCAAUUGAACCCGAACCAGCUGCUGAAGACGAGUGGGCGUCCUUUUCUACUAAGAAGGACAAGAAAAAGAACAAGAAAGGUGUUGUCAUAGAAGAACCUGCGGUCGAGACAAAAGAACCCGUGCAAGACGUUGGCGGCAUGGACGAUGCCUUCGACUGGGGAUUAGGGACCGGCAAGAAGGACAAGAAAGGAAAGAAGGGCUUCAGCGCCCUAGACGACGAUCUCCUAGCUGCUCCCGAGCCUCCGGCAGCACCUGAACCGGCAGCCGAUGACGGUGACGAUUGGAUGGCCUCCGCUUGGGGUACCAAGAAGAAGGACAAGAAGUCAAAGAAAGGUGCGAUUGAAGACCUUUCUGCCUCAGUUGAUUUAGGAGCACCGGAUAACAAAGGGACCACUGCCGAUGCUCUGGCCGAGGAUGACACCUGGGCUGGUUUUGGAACAGCGAAAAGCAAAAAGGACAAAAAGAACAAGAAAGUAGUGCCCAUCGAAGAGGAGCCGGCUCCGGCACCUGAACCUGAGGCACCUGUCGAAACGGACGACUUCUGGGGCUCCUUUGGAAAGAAGGACAAGAAGGGCAAGAAAGGAAAGCUGGCCAGCCCAGAGCCAUCAAUCCCAGACCCCAUACUGGAGCCCGAACCCGAACCCGAGCCAGUCAAAGAAGUGCCCAGUAACGUUGCAGACAUAUCUUCCUGGGCUGGUCUAUCUGCCAAGGAACGUAAAAAGAAGGAGAAGGAGGCCAGGAAGAAGGGCCUGAUCAUUCCUGAGGAACCUCCGCCAGCUCCUCCCGAGCCGGAACCCGAGACCAAGGAGGAGGAGGACACUUGGGGUGGUUGGGGAACCUCGACCACCAAGAAGGAUAAGAAAGCCAAGAAAAAGGGAUUCUUUGAUUUUGAUGAUGAUCCAGCACCGGCCCCCGAACCUGAAGUCGAGCCCGAAGCCAAGGCUGAGCCAGAGGACACAUGGGGAACGGUGUCCGCUAAGGAUAAGAAGAAGUCGAAGAAGAAAGGUCUCCUUGAUGUGGUGGAAGAACCUCCGCCCCCGCCUCCAGAGCCCGAACCACCCGCCAAAGAAGAGCCCAUCUUAUCAGCGAAAGAGAAGAAAAAGAGGGAAAAGGAAGCCAAGAAGAAGGGGUUCCUCGAUUUUGACGACGAACCAGCCGCUCCAGAGCCUAUUCCCGAACCUGAACAAGCUGUGAACGAUGACGAUACUUGGGGCGGUUUCGGUCUUUCUGCAAAGGACAAAAAGAAGAAAGAAAAGGAGGCAAAGAAAAAAGCUGCGGCUGCUGCGCUCGAUCCCGAGCCUGAGAUCGUGGUUGAGCCCGAGCUAGCCGAAGAGAAUGCUGACGACACGUGGGGAACCUGGGGUACAACAAGCAAAGAUAAGAAGAGCGCCAAAGAUAGCAAGAAAAAGGGCAUUGUCGAGCUUGACGAGCCGAAGGAGCCCGAUAAACCUGCUGAGGACGACAUCUGGGGAUCUUGGGGCACGAAAGACAGGAAAAGUAGUAAAAAGUCCAAAACCAAAGAUGAGCCCCCUCCGCCUGUACCAAGCCCUCCCGCCCAAGGUCUCACUCCGGAGCCAGAUUCCAUUGGAAUGUUGGAUAACGAUGAUACCUGGGCAGCUUUGACGACUUCAAAGAGUAAGUCCUCCUCUAAGAAGAGCACGGCCCUGGAAAGGGAGAAACCUAAGGCUGCCGAGGAGAGCACCAAGGUCAGCAAAAGUAGCGUGUGGGGAUUUGGAACGACCACCGCUACAAAAUUGACCAAAAAGGAGAAAGAAGCGAAGGCCAAAAAGGAAGCCGAAGAGCAAGCCAGGAAAGAAGAAGAAGAGAGACUUGAACGCGAGGCUGAAGAGGCUGAAGCCGCGCGACUGGCUGAAGAAGAGGCUGCAGCUGCUGCAAAGAAAUCUAAGACAAAGUCUGGAAAACUGUCUAAGACCGAAACCAAAUCCAGCAAAAUCAAGGAAGCAGAUGAUCUUCUUGAUGUCCUUGAUGAGCCGACUUCUGGCACAAAAGCGGACAAAACCUCCAAGCUGAAGAAAACCACUUCCAGCAAAGAGGAAAAGGUCGACAGCAAGAAGACCGACGAUUACUUUGGGAUCUGGGGUAGUAGUGGGUCGACAUCCAAGAAGACAGCUGGCAAAAAGGAGGUCGACGCCAAAAAGGAAAUUGUCAAACAGGGGUGGUCCAAUGAGGACGACGCGCUAGCAGACCUCACGAACGAUCUCGACCUUGAUGUUGACCUUGACAAGCCAGUAAGCUCCUCUAAAACGACAAAGGCAAUGACCACUGGCAAGAACAAGUUGAAUUCUUCGGUAGCAGACCGCAUCAAAGCAUUAGAAGGCAAAAAAGAAGACAGCGGAAAGAAGUCGAAGGGAGACACGUCGCUGACUAAGGACCUUCCUACGCCUCCAGACGCGCCAUCGCCCAAAGAGGAAAAGAAGAUCAAGGACAAGGCAUCAUCCUCAAAGUCAAAGGUUGUCGAGGCAAAGUCUUCGUCCAGCAAGAAAGUCGACGCGUCUUCUGUCAAAGCAGAAAAGAAAUCAAAAGAUUCGGUACCUGGAAGUUUCCCUGGCGCGUUUGGCGACGACUUCGACGAUUUUCUCGGCACCGAUCCAUCCAUGCCGCCGUCACCUGAGAAAUCCAAAUCAAAGGCCAAAGUUGUCGACAAAAAGGUGACCAAGUCAUCUAAAACGGCAACUCCCAAGACGUCUGCUAGUAAAGAUGUUGACCUUCUCGACGAGGAACUUUCAAAGCUGCCAACACCACCGCACGAGGAGAAAAAGACGACUAAGAAGGAACGUCCCAAGGUUGAACGAUCCGCCACUUCGUCUUGGGGAUUCUGGGGUGCCGCACCGCCACCGAAGAAGUCGACCAAGGAGAAGUCUGAGAAAGAGGAUCUUGACAUAUCGCCGCCACCAAAGAAGGAAAAGUCUCCCACCGGAGUGGCACGGGCCAAAUCUACCCGAACGCCUAGAGAGAAGGAGCAAGAGGACAGGAAGGAUGCCGAGAAGCUUUCCAAGUCUUCUGGGUCCGACAAAGACACCAAGUCUAAGAAAACAGCGAGGCCGACGGCGAGUCGUGGUACAUCAUUCUCCAAUUUCAUGUUUGGUGGUCCUCCUCCGUCAGCUAUGCGGCCCACGGCCACUACCCGGAGAUCAAGCAGUGCUGCAAGUUCUCGACCCUCUUCAUCUCGACGACAAUCCGUGGAUGGUCUGAUGUCGCCUCCUCCAGAUGAUGAGCCUCGAAUCACAGACAAAGCUGCAAAGUUGAUGGGGAUGAAAGGCAGCAAACUUGAACGGCGUCAAUCGGUCAAGGGCAAGUCAGCUGUCCCCGAUCCGUAUCCGAUCGACGAUGACGAUAUGGUAAUGAUCCAUACUCGGGAUGAGGCCCCUCUAGUCAACGGCGGCAUCACCAAGGAGAAAUCGAAAUCCAAGGCAACGAAAUCUAAGAAAGAGGUAGGUGACUUUACCUCCUCGUCCAGACCAGGAGGGCCCCUUCGGCCAUCCUGGUCGCCAGACUUUGCCAAGGUGGUCGAAGCUGACGGACGGGUUUCCUACACACAGAUAAAGUCCCAUAAGAAGGACAUAUCUCACGAUGACGACGUCGUCAUGGUUGAUGCUAACGGUCAUGGAGACCCUUUGGUCACAAGUGGUCCAGAUGAUCUUGCCUUCGUUGACCAUCCACCGGCUCUAAAGAGGAGCAAUACUGCGCCACGAAAAUCGACCGGAUUCUUCAGCAGUUUCUUUGGAGGGGCAAAGAAUGUUGACUCAGAUCGCGAAAGACCCCGAAGUACAACACUUACCGAUGGCGAAGACCAGGGCUUGCCGAUCCGUACCAAGGACAGGUCCAAACGGAAAUCCCGUGCCGUCGACGAAGAGGGGCUCACCACUGAUGCUCCGGCUGAGACUGAUGCUGACGUUGAAGCUCGUCGCGCUGAACGAAAAGCAAAGCGGCAAGCUCGUGAUCAGGAAGAAGAAGCUGAAAGAGUCGAACGUGAGCAACGCCGUCGUGAACGAAGAGACCGUGACAAGGCAGAUCUUGAGGCCCGUCAGCGUAGGGCACGUGAGCGUGAGAAAAAGGAGCGCCAAGAAGAAGACCGGCGGCGGGAGGAGAGAAGGGCGCGAAGGGCAGAGAAGGAGGCACGGAUUCGCCAGGAAGAGGUUGAUAUAGAGGCAGACGCCGAACGACGACGUGAGGAACGGAGGCGGCUUCGAGCACAACUCGAAGCUGAGCAAGGGGGUGACCUCGAAAAGUCUAAGGAGGACCGACGAAAAUCCUACUACGCAGAAGAAGACGAAAGAAGGCUGCGCAGAGAAGGAAAGUCAAAAGACAAAAUACGUGAGAAAUCCAGCCGCAAGAAGUCUAGCGCCCUGGUCGAGGAGUACCAUGACAGUCGUAAUGGGAGCGGCAAGGGAAUUGCUCCGCCUGCCAAUAAGACGAGCUCGUGGGUGCACUCGCAGGCAGACGAACCUCCUGAUAUUCCGCUCGUUGAGGGUACAAUCUUGGAUCCUAGCGGAGAGAAGCCUCGCCCGGCCGAAGACGAACUCGAUCGGAAGCGUCGCAGUCGACACCAUGACAAGUACGCUGGUAUGACGGAUGCCGAGAUCGAGGAGUAUCGAGCGAAACGCAAGAGUCGCCGCCCGGAGGGCAAGAGUGCCAGUGGAGGCAGCGACGAAAAAGACAAGAAAGACCGACGAAGGCGGCGGGAUCGUGAUCCAGCGGCCGACGGCUACCCUGGUUAUGGGUACGACGACGCCCCGGUCAAGACGUGGGAUGGUCGACCGGCGCUCGCGAGGAACGACAGCAAGAGGAAAAGCUUCCUGGGCGGGUUAUUUUAAGCCCAGAGAACGCCCAGCAGAUGAAGGGACAAGAACGAUGUGAUCUGGGCAGGCCCGGAACGUGCCUUGAUCAACACUCAACGACGACGAAGUCUACAGCACCCACCCCCGAGGGCUCGACCAUACCAAAUUCGACAACCUUUGAAUUACCACUCUUUUUGGUUUGACGUAUUGUGUUGUCCAUCAUCUGCACACACGAAAGCGGCAACCCCGUUUUAUUUUGUUUAUUUGAUCAGCAUUUUCAGCGAGGCAAGCGAUGUUUUCAACCUUGGUUAUUUUGAUAUCCUCAUUCUAGCAUUCGUUUUGAAACAUCUCGAGACUGGGAGAAUGGGACCAAGUCCACGCGAGGAUUCUUAAUCUGUACCAACAAUGGAAGUGACGACGACGACAAGCAAGCAGAAUUUUGACGAGUGUGAAAGUUUUUUUCUUCUUUCGGGAAGGAUGACGGUGAUGAGCGAGAGCGUUUCUGGGGAUGUUGUUGCUUUGUUCCUUUUCUCUCUCGGAUAGAUACCCCCUUUUGUCCUCUUUUUUGUGUGUGUGUGUGUGCGUGUGUGUGUAUCUCUGUCCACUUUUGCCAUGGAUAGUAUACUUACUAUACCAUACGAUACCACACUACGUAUAGUAUAUAUGGCUUAUUAUAUCAUUCUUGAUAAUCACCUCCGGA